AUGACUAACCGCCGGCGAUCCAGAAAAUUUUCAAGGUGUAGUCAAUUCCAUUGUUUCAAAUAGCUCUAGUGACUUUUCUGAUGAUUAUCUUUCAACUUCAGAUCACCCUGAUAAGGCAGUAGAAAUAAGGUCGCUGUUAAAUUAUGAGUUUACUUCAGGGCAAUAUAACAGCCCUUCGGUUCGUGGUCUUUUGUCUUUGUGCUACGAUCAAUGGGUGAAAUUAGGCGCUUCAGGGUUUAUAUUAAGCGUUGUCCGCGACGGUAAAGUUCCGUUCGUGACUCUUCCGCCCCCUAAAGUUAGUCCUAACAAUCACUCUGGUGUUACCCAUAGUCAUUUUGUUUCUGAGGCUAUUUCCGACCUGUUAAGAACUAAGUGUGUUGAGAUUCUGGAUCACAAGCCGGAUAUCGUUAAUCCACUUUCUGUUUCCAUUCAGCCUUUAGGCAAGAAGAGAUUAAUUAUAAAUUUGAGGCAUGUUAAUCUGUAUGUUUUUAAGCGUAAAUUUAGAUGCGAAGAUGUAUCGGUUGCCCUUCAGAUUUUCUCUCAAGGGUUUUUUCUUUUCAAGUUCGACUUAAAGUCCGGUUAUCCUCACGUUGAAAUUUUUCCCGAUCACCUUAAAUACUUAGCUUUCUCCUGGGAUUUUGGCGAUGGUGUUGUGAAGUAUUUUCAGUUCACGUACAGUUUUACUUUUCGGGUUGUCUUCCGCAUCGUAUCUGUUCACAGAAUUAUUAAAGCCUAUUCUUACUUCAUGGAGGUGCAAAGGAAUUCCCAUGGCUAUUUUUCUCGAUGACGGCUUAGGGGGUGGUAGCAAUUCUAUCAAGGCCAAAAUUAACAGUUUGACUGUUCGCGCUGAUUUGACUAGGUACGGCUUUGUUAUUAACAAAGAGAAGUCCCUUUGGGAGCCUGUUCAAGUUAUUUCCUGGCUCGGCACUGUUUUUGUUACUUAUCAAGGAUUUCUUUCUGUUACCGAACGAAGGGUUUCAAAGCUAAAGAGUAGCAUUGAUCUCUUAAGUAAGGAUGACUGUAAAAUUUUCAAAGUUAGAGAUGUAGCCUCUGUGGUAGGCCAAGUCAUCUCGUUCACUCCUUGUCUUGGAAGUGUAGCCAGAAUUAUGACACGUGCUUUGUACACAGUUGUAAAUCAAAAACAGUCAAGAAACUCUAAGGUUGAGUUGACUAAAGAAGCCUGUGAUGAAUUAACGUUUUGGAUAGACAACGUCGACUCUCUUAAUUUACGUUGCCCCUGGUUGCCUUUUCAACCGCCCGCUAGAUUUGUCUAUUCUGACGCAUCAGAUUACGCUUGUAGUUCUUUUAUUGAAAGCGAGCUUAAGUUUUUUUUAUCAAAAUUGGAGUGCUACAGAGGGUUCUCAAAGCUCUACUUGGAGAGAGCUUAG